CUCUAUUGCUUUCAUAAUAUCUGCUCUAUCACCUAAAAAGCUUACGUCUCACCUAAGCUUUCAUUUGCUUUGUGCAUGAAACAGAAUUUUCUUCUUCUCAAAUGUCUUUCCCUGUUUUAUUUUUAUAAGGCCAUAGAGAAUGUCCUACAGAACUUUUCUUCGAUAGCUAUGAAUUCAUCCACAACAAAGGGAAUAACAAAAGCAAAUACAUAUCUUAAUUUUAUUACCUCUCAACCAGACAAAAUGACGGUUACAUCGCAGGACAAAGCCAGUGAUUCACUCCUGACCCUGAGUGACAAGUUGGACCAUCUUCCUGUUGUGAAACCGAGUGACAUCAUGUGGAAACUGGCUGCAGCAAAGUCAGGCCUCUAUGGAAUUAGCAAUCUGAUAAACGCUUCAAUGACAAUAAAUGACGUGGAUAUGAAAGAAAAGAUGGCAAACGUAUCUGAGAUUCUCCUGAAAUCCAUGGAUAAAUUACAUUCUUCCCUUGAGAGUCUCAUGCAUGAAGAGGACCCUACACUGGUUUUCCAUACAGAUUCCUUCAGCAUGAUCUUAAACAGGUACAACUCCAGUGAAUUGAAAACGAGCAAUGUUAACACUUCAGAACAAAAUCCGUUUAGUUGCACUUUUCCAGAUUCUGCAGACUUCCAGGAUAUUUCAGAUGAAUAUAUUCAAAUUAGGAUGGUGAAUUAUAGAGAAAACCCUUUAAUCUGGCUCGAGCAAAGUAAUGUCAGCGGACCAAUGACCAAUAUAUCUUUGUCUUCAAAUGGAAGUGAAGUAAAGAUUGAGAAUUUAUCCGAAACCUUUGAGAUUAUACUUCCCAGACCCAAUGCAACGCAGUCUUUCUCAGAUACAUCUACCACAUUUACAAACCCGAUCUUACAAGGGUUCCAUGUAACAGAUACUGAGUCAACGUUAGUUAUCUCCGUAGCGACUGAACCAGUUACUUCAGUGCAACUAUAUCUUGGGUAUGAAUACAAACCCAAUGAGACGCUGUAUGACUUUGAAACAAGCUUCUUUCCAGAAAAUGACAGUGAAGCCAACAUCUCCAGUUGGGUCAUUCAUCCUGAAAUGUUAAUGGGAAGGAAUGGAACUUAUUACUUGACAGCCAAGCCUCUCCUGAAGGCAAAUGUGUCUGAGGUCAACGCUACAACUUUUACCAUAACCACCUUCAAUGCUAAGUGCUUGUAUUGGGAUGAAGUGCAGCAUUUUUGGUCAACGCAAGGAUGUAAGGUGGGCCCAAGAACAAACCCAGAAAGGAUCCAGUGCCUCUGCAAUCACUUCAGUUUAUUUGCGACCUCUUUCAUUGUUUUGCCCAAUACAGUGGAUAUCACAGAAACAGUAGAAUUGUUUUCUAAGGUCAAAGACAACUCUGUGGUUGUCUCAUUAUUGGCUGCUGUAGUUGGAGUGUACAUCAUCUUAGUUAUAUGGGCUCGGGCAAAGGACAGGCAGGAUUUAGUGAAGGUGAAAAAAACUCUUCUUGCGGAUAAUGACCCAUUUGCCAAAUACUUUUACUUGGUGAAAGUCUUCACUGGGCAUCGAAGAGGAGCAGGAACUACAUCUAAGGUAGUAAUAACACUCUAUGGUUCAGCCGGCUGCAGUGACUCCCAUCAUUUAUUUGACCCAAAGAAACCAGUAUUUCAGCAAAGUUCAGAAGAUGAAUUUCUUCUUGCUACCCCCUUUCCGCUGGGAGACCUCACCAGCAUCAGACUGUGGCAUAAUAAUUCCGGAUCCAGCUCAUCCUGGUACAUUAAUUACGUAAUUAUACAAGACCCCGAAACAGAACAGCGAUGGCUUUUCUUCUGCAAUUGCUGGUUGGCAGUUGACUUUGGAGAGUUUAGUCUUGACAAAGUUUUCCCUGUUGCUUCCGAGGCAGAAAUGAAAGACUUCCGCAACUUGUUCUACAUGAAGACAGCUGAAAGCUUCACCGAUCAACAUAUCUGGUUUUCUGUGAUUGCUCGUCCUCCAAGGAGUUCCUUCACCAGAGUCCAGCGAGUUUCCUGCUGCUUUUCCCUCCUGCUCUGCACAAUGCUGACCAACAUCAUGUUCUGGAACACAGCUGCCAAUGGAAAUGACCAGGAAGAGGAACUAGAUGGCAGUACUGUCACAUGGCGGGAGCUAAUUAUCGGAAUCGAAAGUGCCUUCAUUAUUUUUCCUGUGAAUCUUGUAAUUGUACAAAUUUUUCGCAACGUCCGUCCCAAACCAAUUAAGAUGAAGAAAACGGUGAAAAAGUCAGGCGUUAUCUGUGACCCGUCAGGGUGUCAACGGACACCUGAGGAUUUAAUGAUAGUGAGAGCUUCUUCUUAUGCCAUCAAAGGGAUUGCCAGUUGUUUGCCAAGGAAACUGAAAGAUGCCAUGCCCUCCCUGGAAGACGAUAUUAGAAACACUGAUGACAUGAAUAAAUUGUUGGCUUUAAUAGCAGACAUUAUUCAGCACUAUAAUGAAAUUGAAGAUUCUGAGACUCAGGGGACAACUGUUCCAGAUAGGGAAAAUGAUUCUUCCACCGACUCUUAUCGAAAUGUGGAUGAUGGAGAUUCAAUGUCCCGUAACCCUGAAGAAAAUGAAGACGCUGAGUUUACUGACAGCAACUCCGAGAAGCAGAAGGACCAAAUCAUGCAACACUUCUAUCACUAUGUGAAUCUUUUGCUUCAGUUUGUGGAAACUGAGCUGCAACAGAUGGGUGUGAAGAAAUUUCAGAACCCGUACACUCAGAUUCAUGCCACAGAUCAAGUGCAGAAGAUGAUUCACUUUAUCAAAGCUGCAGUUAAGGCUGAAGAUGGCGAUGAAGGCGAGGAUGAUGACAGCAGUAGUACUAAUGGGGAAGCUGUGUCUGGAAGUGAAAAGCAAGGCCUUCGUCAGGAAGGACUGCCUUGGUGGUUUGUUUACAUUGGCUGGCUCCUGGUGUUCGUUACAAGUGCUGUCUCUGCAUUUUUUACCAUGCUCUACAGUUUUGAUUACGGCAAAGAACAGUCCAUUCAAUGGCUGGUGUCGAUGACCAUCAGCUUCCUCGAGAGUAUUUUGAUCAUUCAACCAGUAAAGGUUUUACUUGUGGCUGCUUUUGUCGCUCUUAUUAUCAAAAAGAUUGAAAGAAAUGACACCGAGCAAAAUUUCAAUAAACAUCUUCUAUCUUCUGAAGAUGAUACACAUGACAUGUUGACUUACAAUGCCCAAAGAAGUGAUAGUACUAUUUACCAACCGCCGUCAUUGAGAAAUGUGGAGAAACUGAAAGCACUGCACAUGAAAGAAAGGAAAAUGUAUUGCUUGGUUAAAAACAUAAUUGCACAUGUACUAUUUCUGGUGUCAUUGUCGAUUAUUGCCUAUGGCGAACGAAGUCCCCAUUCAUUUUAUUUAAACAAAGCUCUCAAUGAUAGUUUUACCAAGAAGUUCAAUGGUUCAAUAACUGUCAAUGAUUUUUACGAUUGGACUGAAGAAAUCUUAUUACCGAAUCUAUAUGGAGCUUUUGAAGGAUUUAUAACAGAUGGGAAUUCAAAGCUGAUCGGCAGCCCUCGCCUACGGCAGGUGAGAGUGAAAGCAGCUCCUUGUCCUGUGCCAACGCGAUUGGUGGAUAGGAUCAAGGAAUGCCGUGCUCCCUACUCUUACAGUGAUGAAUACAUGUUGGACUUUGGAAACCUUAGUGUAUAUGCAGACUCCUCAAGCCUCGGCUCCUCUUGGCGAUAUCAGAGUGAAUCGCAGUUGAAUGGAUAUCCCGUUUGGGGAAAGCUGGCAGUUUAUCGAGGAGGUGGCUAUGUCGCUGAGCUGGGAACAGAAUUCAAAACUGCAUCCAGAGUUAUUACGUUUCUGAAAGACAACAGCUGGGUUGAUAUGUACACCAGAGCCAUCUUUAUAGAGUUUACAGUCUACAAUGCCAAUGUAAACUUGUUUUGCGUAGUCACGCUGAUGCUGGAGAUGAACGCCAUUGGUGUCUUUCUUGGCAAUAUGGAGAAGGAAAUCAUCCGGUUGUACCACUACAUUGACGGAAAUUAUCCUUCCGUUAUAGGGGCACAAAUUGUUUUUAUGCUUGUGGUUAUUUAUUAUAUGGUCAUGCAGGGAAAACAGCUAAAACAGAAAAGACUGCAGUAUUUCUGGAACAAAUGGAACAUGAUUGACGUGGCCAUUGUACUGUGCAGCUGGAGUGCAUUUGGACUGUAUAUAAAACGAGCAGUGAUUGGACCUAGAGUUAUAGCGGACUACCUCCAGAAUCGGGACAGGUUCAUCAACUUCUAUGAGACUGCAAUUACUGACUCUGCCCUUGGUUACGUGAUUGCUUUCCUGGUCUUACUAGCGACCGUCAAAUUCUGGAGUCUGCUGCAUUUGAACCCGAAGAUGCACUUAAUUACUUCUUCCAUGGAGCGAGCUUGGGGUAAUCUUCUGGGACUUCUGCUCAUCAUGCUGGUGUUGCUCGUGAGCUACUCCUCUAUAUGUAACCUGGUCCUGGGUUUGAACCUCUCCUCCUACAGAACCUUCACUAGUGCAGUUGUAACAAUGGUCCGUCUACAGCUUGGAGUCUUCAACUAUGAUGAGGUGCUGAGAACUAAUCCAGUCUUGGGUGCAUUCAUCAUCACUACCUGUGUGAUCUUCAUGACCUUCAUCCUCAUCAAUGUCUUUAUUUCUGCCCUACUCGUGUCCUUCAGUGAGGAGCGACAUAAUCCUACGCCUUCGGAAAAUGAAGAAAUAGUUGACUUACUUUUGACAAGAUUAUGCGGCAUCGUUGGAGUUCAAAGGAAGAAGAAGAGAACGCCCCAGUCAAAUGCUGAAGUAAUGGAAUCUUUGCUCUAAGGGGAAAAGGCUAAUCACCUAAAGGAACCAAAUGGAGAAAACCAGACACCUUAUUGAAUGGUUGCAGAAUUCUGCAAAGGGGAGAAACUAUGUGAUGCAAGAGCUAAGGAAGAGUGCAGAUUAUUUCACAACAAAAAUGCAGUGCUUUUUUUUUGAAUAAUGUCUUCAUUAUUUUUUUUUUUCGCCUUCCAUCACAGUGAGGAAAGUGGAGGAGUCACUGUGGUGGAUGUUUAUGUUCAAAUGUAUUUUGUGUGUUUUGUUGCUUUUUAUUGGCAUGAGUGUACGGCAAAUCAAAUGUUGCAAAACUUACUAUGAUUAUUAUUAGUGUUUUAGGUAAUUAUUAGACGUCUUAGAAUUCAUGUAAAGUUGAUAAAUUGCUAGAAAAUAUUCCAUUUGGGAACAUGAAAGCAGGGAAGAAGAAACAAGGAAAUUGGAUGCUGAAAGAACUCAGUAGACAACAGAGACAAAGGGUGUGCGGUUGCUAAACACUUUAACUCCCCCUCUAAUUCCCGCACUGACCUUCUUGUCCUGGGCCUCCUCCACUGUCAGAGUGAGGUCCAAUGCAAAUUGGAGGAACAGCACCUCAUAUUUUGCUUAGGCAGCUUAUAACCCAGCGGUAUGAAUUCUAAUUUCUCUAACUUCAGGUAACCCUUACACCCCCUCUCUCUCCAUCCCUCCCCCACCUUAGUUCUCCGACUAGUUUCACUGUCCUGAUUAAUUUUACUGAUUGUAUGCCUCCUUGUCACCUUCUCCUCUAUGGAAAUGUGGAACCAUUCUCCAUUUCCAUAUCAUCAUCUGCUUUGAUCUGUCAUUUUCACACCUUACCCUUCCAUAUCUCUAGACUCCCUCUCCCCUGAUUCUCAAUCUGAAGAAGGGUAUCAACUCAAAACCGUUCCUUCUCUCCAGAGAUGCUGCCUGUCCCGCUGUUACUACAGCAUUUGUGUCUAUCUUCUGAAUGUCAAUGAUGCAGGUUGAGAUCGCCCGACCUGCUUUGUCCCAGAUUCCAGCAUCUGCAGUAUCUUUUGUCCUCAUUUAACCCUGCAUCUGAGCCUAUUCUGCCAGUCUAUGGUCUCGCUCUACGGUUAAGACAGUGGGAAUAUGAUUUUUUCAAACACUCAGUCGAGUUCUUUUCAACGAGCAUCACUUACAACUUCUUGUAUUCCAACUUCUUUGUGGUAGAAAUCCAUUUUUGAAUACAUUUUGUCUAUGAGAUAACUUUUUGUAAUGCACCUGAGCACCUCAUCGUUUUGGAUUCUAAUUUCUCACCAUUAAAAAUACAUUUAAAUUUUAAUAUUGAAGAAGGGUCCCGACCCGUAACAUCACCCAUUCCUUCUCUCCAGAGAUGCUGCCUGUCCCGCUGAGUUACUCCAGCUAUUUGUGUUUAUCUUCAGUUUAAACCAGCAUUUGCAGUUCCUUCCUACAUAUAAUGUAUUCUUUAAUAACUUUGGUUAACAAAAAUCUCAGAUGUAAAGUUAACAAUUGACAUUGUAGCAGUUACUCUAUCUGCACCAUUUAUGGCAGACAUGUUUUUUUUUUAAUUGAAAGCGAAAGCCAGAAAUUGUGGCAGGACUGAAUUAAUACAUAGAGUUAAUGAUCUAUAUUCUAAAGCCUGAGUAUCAUUCAAUUAAGUAACAACAUGAUGGGUGCUAUUUAGGACAUUUUUGAGGACUGUAAUGUAAAGUUUUUAGAAAACUUGCUCAAUUAUGUUAUAAUAUCAAUGAGAAGGGAAAUUUGAGUCACAACUAAUGCAAACAACAAAAAUGAAAACAGUUAGAAGGAUACAAAAUAAUACAUCUGUAGCUAAAUCAUGACAGACUUUGUGUUUGGUGUUUAUAUUCAUUGCUUUGCUUUUUUUAAAGUUUGUUGUGAAUGCUGUGUUACUUUUGUUACCUGCACUGUACUUAAUGUAAACUCCUGUACAAUUUAAUCUUAAAUAAAUUCAGGCUUUACAAUCUCCAUGUAAUUGUAAAGAUUUUUCUGUGACCUGAAGAUCUGCUUUGCUCUGUCAAUAUGAAUUUCAGUGGUUAGAUGGUGGAAUCCUGGAACAUUGUCUACAGGAUUAUCUUGAGGAUGAAUAAAAAAAAUA